AUAGAGAAUCAGAUAUAUGAUUAGCAGGAAGAGAGAGGGAUAAGGCUUUACCUUUUUCUGAGAACCAAGAAGUCUACUCUCCUAUUAUUCGAGAGAGAAAUGUCCACGUCCCAAAUCGCGCUUAACCAGGGGUUGUCUGAAGACCAAGAGAUGCCCUCGCAAAUGGGUUUCUACUCUUCUCCCAGCAGAAGCUUUUCUCAAUUCAGAUGUCAUCAAUCUUUGAGAUCCCUCAGCAUUAACAACCCUUCUUCUCUAGGAGAAGAUGGUACUUGUCAGCUAAAUGAAAGCCCAUCUUCUAGAGCUUUAAAGCAGAGAGAUAUUAUUGCUUCUCAUCUCGGUGAAUUUGAAGCUUCUUCAGUGCAAAAAUCCACUAAUAGUCUCUGGCCAUGGGUACAAGACAGUGAGCGUUUGAGCGGUAAAAGAUAUGGUGAAGAUGAGCACAUGGGUGUUUCUGCAAUGAAGAUGAAGAAGGUGAAGGCAAGGAGGAAGGUGAGGGAGCCCAGGUUUUGCUUCAAAACCAUGAGCGACGUGGAUGUCUUGGACGAUGGUUACAAGUGGAGGAAGUACGGCCAGAAAGUAGUGAAGAACACACAGCAUCCAAGGAGUUAUUACCGUUGUACACAGGACAACUGCCGUGUAAAGAAGCGAGUGGAGAGAUUAGCAGAGGACCCGCGGAUGGUAAUCACAACCUAUGAAGGAAGACACAUACAUUCUCCGUCCCAUGAUCUCGACAACUCCCAAGCCCCACCCCAGAUUAGCAACUUCUUCUGGUAACAGAGCUGGUUAUUAUUCUCUGUGCAUCCACUUUCAUGAUUGUAAAAUAAAACUCUUUUGUGGCAACCGCCUCUAUCCCAACUUCCCGAAUCUGAUACAUAACUAAUAAGUUAAUUCCGUGGUUUUGUUUAAAAAAAAGGAGUUGCUUCGAGUUGAACUUAAAGCAAGAAACUCAGAUUAAUUGCUCUAA